AUGAUCGAAUCCGACAAACAACAAAGCAAACGCAAAUUUGAAGGUCCUAAGCGUGAGGCUAUUAUCAACCUAUCGAAAUAUGCCGACUCAAAAAUUAGGGUGAAGUUGAUGGGUGGAAGACUUGUUAUAGGUACUCUAAAAGGCUACGAUCAGUUGAUGAAUUUAGUACUGGAUGAGACCACCGAACAUUUGAGGGACCCGGAGGACGAUACCAAGAUUUUGAAAGGCGAAACGAGAGAACUGGGGCUUGUAGUUAUCAGAGGCACGAUGUUGCUCACUUUGAGUCCUCUCGAUGGCUCCGAAAUUAUUAGUGGUCCCUCUUUCGAAUAG